AUUAGAGACAGUCCAAAGAGAAUCACAAAAUAGAAUUUCAGCAUUGAAUUCAGAUAAUGAGAACCUAUAUAAAGAUCUAAAAAAUGCGCAAAAUGAAAUUAUAGAAAUGAACUUAAAAAAAGAUAAACUAAAAUCAUCUCUAUCUGAGGCAAAAACUAAAUUUAAAGCAUUGACUUUAGAGAAAGAUGACUUAGAAAAAACCCUGAGAAACACACAAGGAGAAAAUAUAAAUUUAACAUCAGAAAAAGAUAAAUUAGCGAAGUCUGAGAAAGAAUUACAAAGUAACCUGGCAGCACUGACAUUACGACAAGUGAAAUUAGAAAAAUUCUCAAAGGUUUUGCAAACUAAAAUUUCAUUAGUAACUGCAGAAAAAGAUAAAUUAGCAACAUCUUUAAAACAAUCUCGUCAAGAGGUUGAUACGUUGACGGUAAACCGAGAUGAAUUGGUAACAAAGCUAAGAACCACUGAAAUGCAGAUUGCAGAAUUGGCUUUCGAAAAAUAUACUUUAAACAGUUCUUUAAGAGACGCUCAAAGUGUCAUCUCAGAAGUAACCCUGGAAAAAGGUGAGCAUUUCCAUUCCUUUAUUUUAACAGUGCUCUUAACCAAAAGCGGAGUCUCUUUGAAGUAUUAGGUUUACAUUGGAAGUUGUUGGCUGUUAUUAAGAAAUUUUUCGAGCUGGGAGGCUGCCUGAGAUUAGACAGUUCAAUAGCUCUAAUUGUUAAGAUGACUGAAUAAAUUUGUUUCUUUGACUUUGGCCUUCAAACUAUCUCUUCCCUAUGUUAUGCUUUUAAAAAAUUAAUUCAAUUUAAAACAUUGUCUUUAUAAUGGCUAUAUCCGUCGAUUUCUCCAAUUUAGCUCAAUAUAUCCGAUAAUGCGCAUGUUUCCACAAAUAAAAAAUUGUUAUGAAUCAGAGGAUACACAACAACUACAAAUGAUGGGGGUGCGGUGGUCGAAUGGUUAAGCGCUUGGCUUCCGAACCUGAGGUCCUGGGUUCGAAUCCCGGUGAAGACUGGG